AUGAGAAAAAUUCUCAAUGCCUUAUUAAUCUUGAUAGAUAUAAAAGCAUUCCUUCUAUUUUAGCAUUUAGUUUUUAUCUUUUAUAUAAGCCAUAAUUAUUAUCAAAAAUAUUUAACUAUUACUAUUACUAUUACUAUUACUAUUACUAUUACUAUUACUAUUACUAUUACUAUUACUAUUACUAUUACUAUUACUAUUACUAUUACUAUUACUAUUACUAUUACUAUUACUAUUACUAUUACUAUUACUAUUACUAUUACUAUUACUAUUACUAUUACUAUUACUAUUACUAUUACUAUUACUAUUACUAUUACUAUUACUAUUACUAUUACUAUUACUAUUACUAUAACUAUUACUAUUACUAUUACUAUUAAUAUUAAUAUUGCUCUUACUAUUAAUAUUGCCGUUAUUUAUAACUGA